CACGACCUGAAAGACUCCCUUGUAAAAUCUUCCCAUGUUAUAGGCAAGGCUUUCGAUAGGUACAUCGGUGACUACGUCGACGAUGAGUGGACUUGCAAUCUGGUUACUUGCACUUUUAGUGGAUUCAUUUGCGCUCUCGGUAUAAAUUACACAGGAAUGUACGCUAACCCUCUGGUUGCUUGGGCGUGUACAUUUAAUUGUGAAGGGUUGACACAUGUCGGUCACCUACUUGUCUACUGGCUCAGUCCUCUAAUAGGAUGGUAUUUGGCUGAGUUGGCGUUUGAGAAUGACGUUGAAGACCAGGACAAGUGUGAAAAGAAGGACUAA